CUCUACCCAAACCCGCCCCGAAACACUUGAAUCGUACCUCUCACUCUCUCUCUCUCUCUCUCUCUCUCUCUCGAUCAUUCCGGGGGAGUACAGCAAACCAAAGAUCUCAAUCUUGCCUAGCCCUCCUCCUCCGCCUCUUUUUGUUAUACCAAAUUCCUCUUCUGAUCCUCCUUGGAGGAAGUCAAGGAGAAGAAAAGGUCGAACAAAAGCCGAUCGAUGUCGUUUCCUUGAUGGCUCUACAACUUGCCCCUUUUAAUAUUGGGACUACAUUAAGGAAAUUUGUCAACCCUUGAGUCGAUUGGUUGCUUUGAGGAUACUUAAUCGUGGACUAGUUCUUCUUCGCAUGAAAAUUUUGUUUCUUGUCGCGUUUGUCGAGGGUCUCUACGCGUUCUUGUGUUUCUCUAAUGGUUGAAUCUGCGCUCUCUUCGGUGGUGCCUUUGAUGGUGUAGGAAGUGUAGAGGCGGAGUAGUGGCUAGAUCAUUUGGAUUGCCGGCCCAAGACUGUGGAGCUGGGAUCUUGAAGGCCUGCGGUCUCUGGCGAAGCAGCGGUUGGAUGACUUUACACUCUUCGGUUAUUCCAAUGUAGCAUCACUAGUGUUGAAUCUUAGAAGCUAACUUGAUACUGAGUCCUUAAUCAACAUGCUUAUCUAGAUCUAUACUGGAAAAUAAAGUUGUGUCCAAAGAGUUACUUGAGUGAAUCAUUGAAGACUACCUAAGACAAGAAAAUGACAUCACAAAGGGAUGUGUUUGAGGUCUCAGGACCUAUACAUCUGACCUCAGUAAAUUGGUUGCCUUAACAAGAAAAGAUCCCCUAUUUAUUUGAGCUUCCCCACAAAUCCAGUACAAAUUUAUGAAUUGUAGCAUGGAACCUUCUACUCCGUGGCAUGGUGUAUGCAUUUGAGCAAAUCUGGAACUGCCUACAUUACCAAAGAUCAGUUGCAGCCAGUCUGGUUCAAGGUGCAUAUGUUCUAGAACGCGAUAGACAACAAAACUGUCAAGGUUCAGAAGCUUGUGCGCCUCCUUGGUGGGAAAGCUUCCAUUUUGAAGUAAUCCGUAAACUAAUUGAUGAUUCUGAUUUCUCCAUCUUUGGUGCCAUUUAUGAAUAUAGACCUCCUGUAAGCUUCCAAAAUUCUACAGUUAAUAAAGCUCCAAGAUUUGUGAUAGUCUUUCGAGGUACCAUCACAAAGAAAGAAUCUGUUUCUCGGGAUGUUAAACUGGACUUACAUCUUCUCAGAAAUGGCCUCCAUCAGACAUCUCGGUUUGAAAUAGCAAUGCAGGCUGUUCGUGCCCUAGUUUCAGCUUUUGGACAUCAAAAUGUAUGGAUCGCCGGUCAUUCUCUGGGGGCAGCCAUGGUGACACUUGCUGGGAAAAUUAUGGCUAAGGAGGGUAUGAAUCUCAAGGCUUUUCUCUUCAAUCCACCAUUUUUCUCAGCACCAAUUGAGAGGAUAAAAGAUAAGAAGGUUAAGCAGGGAAUUCGCAUCGCAAGCAGCUUUAUAACUGCUGGACUCACUUUGGCCGUGAAAGGCCCCAGUCACAAGUCAGACUCAUUUACAAAGUUGUCAUCAUGGGUUCCGUAUCUUUUUGUAAACCAGGCUGACGACGUCUGCUCAUCUUAUGUGGGUUAUUUUGAUCAUCGCAAAAAGAUGGAGGAAAUUGGAGCAGGAAAUAUUGGGAAGUUGGCAACACAGAACUCUGUCAAAGAUCUGUUUUUAAGUGCUUUUGGAAUGGAGUCAGAGUCAUUGCACCUCCUUCCAUCAGCAAAUCUGACUGUAAAUUCAAGUCCUGCUCCAGACUUCAAGCAUGCACAUGGUAUACACCAAUGGUGGAGGCCAGAUAUUGAUCUGCAAUCAAAAGUGUACCUUUAUGACUGAUAUAGAAGGGGAAGCAUGCAUUAUAAUCGAUGAAGCAGUGCACUUAAUCUUUCUCAGUGGUAGGGAAUAUGUGGUGUGAUGGGCUAGCAGAUCUUCUCAGGCGUUUGAUGCUUUAGUGAACAAUAAUAAUACGGUUAACAUGGAAGUGAUGAAUUCUUCCACACUCCCAUCGUAAUUGUUGUCGGAGGUUGUAUGGGCCGAGAAGGUGUUUUCGGAAUGAGACUAUGAACCUAAGUUGCUCCGCAUCACUCCGGCUUUCAUGUCUUUCUCUGUUUGAAGAUUGUACUAUGUUACAAUUGGUGUCAAUGUCAUGGAGUGAUGCAAUCAAGAUGCACGAUCGUGAUGUUUUUUAGAUGUUGUUUUUCAAUGUUUUCGUGUGUUUUCGGAUAGACAGCUUGUAUGGGGUAUAAAGAUACACUAUCAAUAGCAAUUUCUUCUUUGCCA